UUCACAUCACUGGAUGCGAUUGUUUAUAUCGGAUUGCUUCAACAAGCAGCCUUAAAUUCAAAAAAUUAAUUAACUUUUCCAUUGGCCAACCGAAUAGGUAAUCAAAUAGCGAGGCAGUAAUUUUGCGGUCGAAAUGAGCGGAAUCGACCAGAAGGAAUACUUGAAGAAGUAUCUGGGAAUCGGAAAACGCUCCAAGGAGAAGAAAUCGAAGAAAAAGGCUAAAAAACCCCCAAGCAGGUUUAAGGUUGUUGACGAUGACGAGGUGGAGUUCAUGCUUAACGAGGAGAUCAAGCAGGACCUGGAAGGGGAGAACGAAGACGCCCCCCAAAUUGUUUCGGUCAUUGAUGACAGGCCCCCGUCUCUGAGAAUCGAUGAAGUGUCGAAGGCAAAGCUGUGGAAGCCCCUGGGGGCUCCUCAAAUUAUCCCCGAUGUGGACAAAGCCUUGAAGUUCGAAGGCAGCUUAAAGCUAGAGAAAAGAAAGUCUGCUGGGGGCAACCAUAUCACUCACAGUAGUAGUAGUAGGGAAGAAAACGAUGUGUUGCCCGCAGGGCAAAUUAAGCGGGAGGAAAGUGAGGAUAUUUCACCUCCAAGAGUGCAGCAACUAGACUCUGAUAGUUCUCCUCCAAGGAGGAUUAAGGUGGAAAGGAACGACACUCCUCCAAGGCCGCAGGAAGAUUUUCAUGACUCUUCACCACCCAGGAGACGGGGUGGAAGUCCGGACAUUUCCCCCCCGAGGCGGAGAAUGAGAAGAGGCAGCAGUGAGGACAAUUCACCCCCAAGACAUUCCAGAGUCCCUGCACGCAAGAGCACUAGAGGUAGUGAUUCGUCUCCUCCAAGGAAAGUCAAAAGGGAAAACAGUAGAGACAAUUCGCCGCCGCGAAGGAGGAAACACCGGGAGGAGAGGGUGAAGAAAUCGAGAUGGGCAGAUGAGGAGGAACGCGGAGAAAAACUGCAAAAGACGUUGGAUGGGAAAACUGCCGGCUUGCAAAACGCCGCUGAUCUAGUUUUGGAAACCCAGGAGCUGAAGAGACGGGAAGAUGCGCUGUUUCAGAAAAUGAGCUCUGAAGUAUCGGGGGCGAAUGCCGCCACUGUAGUCAGGGGCAAGAAGAAGGAAGUGAACUGGGAGGAGGAAGAGAAGAAAAGGCUGAAGCAGGCAGCGAAAAAGGAGCAGUACGACCGAUGGGGCAAAGGCGUGAAGCAAGUAGAAGACGCCAACCAGAAGCUCCAAAACGAGCUUUAUGAAAUGAGCAAGCCCCUAGCCAGAUAUGCCGACGAUCAGGAUCUGGAAAAGUACCUGAAAGACCAAGAAAGGGACGGCGACCCCAUGCUAGCCUAUAUAAGACAGAAAAAGAAAUCCAAGGCAAUAGACGAAGGAAAGCCUGUGCUCCAAGAGUACCACGGGGAUGCGCCCCCCAAUCGCUUCGGGAUUAGACCAGGCUAUCGGUGGGAUGGGGUGAACCGCUCCAAUGGCUAUGAAAAGGAAUGGUUCCAAGUUCAGAACUCCCGAACCGCCAGUAUAGAGGAAAGCUACAAAUGGAGCACCGAAGAUAUGUAAAGGUUGAACCAUAGCAGCCGUUUUUCCAGCGUCGUAAAGGGAUUGUUUUAUACGGUAAUUUCCUUUUGAUUUGGGAUCAAAUGGGCGAAUUGGCAAGUGAGCAUUAGUGGGGCAGCCAAAUAAAUACCGCCGUCGGUUGCACAACAAUUCCUGCCGUUUGAAGCCAAUCGGUUGAUUUUGUUUUAUUUAAUUUUAUAUUUUUUUUUGUAUGAAAUGAAUCGAAUUUUAAAACUGUCCUAGUUAGUUGGCAUCUUGGGCAACUAUUGCGGUAAAUGUUUAAUAAAUUUUCUUUUCACG